AUGGUUGCUACACGGAGUCUUCAACUUACAGUGAAGAAAACCACUAGGCAACAAAAAACCCUCGAGGGACAGCUUCUCAUGGUCAAGGAUGGUGAAAGAACGGCUAUUUCAUCCCGAGUGGCAGAGCUGGACCAAAUCAUGCCUCAGUAUCUUGGCGUUUCGAGAGCUGUUUUAGAUUCCGUCAUUUUCUGCCACCAGGAUGAGAGUCUCUGGCCCAUGAGCGAACCAUCGGUGCUCAAGAAGAGAUUUGAUGAGAUCUUCGAAGCUAUGAAAUAUACGAAAGCCAUUGACAAUAUCAAAGCCCUCCGUAAGAAGCAGAAUGAGGAGCUGGCAAAAUACAAAAUCAUGGAACAGCAUGCCAAAGAAGACAAGGAAAAAGCUGAUCGUGCAGAGAAAAGAUCCAUCAAGCUACAGGACGAGAUUGAGGCGCUCCGCGCUGAAACCCAUCAGCUCUCCCAAGAGAUGCGCCGUGUUGCGGAACUCGCCGACAAAGCUUGGAAAGAGUCUGAAAGCUAUGCUCAGGUUUUAGGGACUUUGGAAGGAAAGCGUAUCGAGGCAAAGAGCUUGCAAUCGACAAUUGACAACCUCAAAAGGCACCUUGUUGAGCUUGAUGAUUCGGAUGAGUGGCUGCAAUCGAAUCUAGAGCAGUUUGAGUCCAGACAACUUCAAUACCAACAGCAAGAGGAAGCUCAAAAGGAGAAUUAUAUGGAGAUCAAGGACCGGAUUGAGCAAGCCCGUCAGAAGUUGGGAGUCAAACAAGCCGAAUACGGAAAAUACGAAAAUGACAAAGCCAACUUCGAGCGCCAGGUAGAAAGAAGACAGAGGAUGACAAGGGAGAUUGCUCGCAGCCAUAACAUCCGAGGCUUUGAUAAUAUCCAGGAUCAAUCAGAUAUUGACGACUUCAUGCGAAAGAUUCGUAAGCUGUUGAAGGAGCAAAACCAAGCGCUGGAGCGCGUUAAGCGUGAGACCCAAACUGAGCUACGCGAAGUACAGUCUACUCUGAAUGAGAUCGGACAGCGGAAGUCUGCAUUGCAGGAAAGUAAGAAUGCGGCCAAGCGUCAGCUUGCUGCAAAUGACAAGGAGGCCUCCAAUUAUCAAGCGAAGCUCAACGAAAUUGACGUUGAUGAGGGCGUCCAAGCUGCACUUGAAGCAAACAUUGAGGACAUUUCAUCUCGUCUGGACGACUCCAAAGAUCGUGCUCGAUCGGCUUCACUGGACCAAGAGAUUCAGGAGGUGAACUCAGAACUCCACACCCUCGAGGAUGAAGGCACUCGCCUCAAUGCUGAAUUGAUCGCGGCCACAAAACGAGCCGGGGAUUUUGCCCGGUUAGAUCAUCUCAAGAAGGAACUCAAAGAACGAGAACGCAGCUUGGAAACUAUGAAAGCUGCACAUGGCGAACGCCUUGCAAAGUACAUUGGUGCAAAUUGGAGUCCAGCUACUUUAGAGCAAGAGUUUCAGCGUGUCCUUGAAGAGGAGACCAGAAACGUCUCUAGUGCCGAAAGCCAACGUGACGGCGUCAACAGGGAGUUGGAGCAGGUCGAAUUCAAACUCAAGGCCGCCAAGAAGACACUGGCUCAGCGACAGCAAGAGCUCAAUAGCUGCGCAAAAGAAAUUCGUGAAGCCAUCAACGAGGAACCCGAAGAGUAUCCCGAUGCACUCAAACAAAGACAAGCGCAGCUCGAUGUCGCUAGAAGGGACGCCGAGCAGAGCGCCGGACUCGGCGACUACUUUAUGCGUUGUCUGGAGACAGCCAAGCAGGUAAAAGCCUGUAGACUGUGCCAACGAGCGUUCAGGGCCGACGCAGAAUUCACCGUCUUCCAGAAACGACUAGAGGGAUUGGUGAAAAAAGCGCAGAUCGGUGUGGAGGAAGAAGAUGUUGAAAGAUUUGAAGCCGAACUCGACGCGGCCCGUGCAGUAAGUACAGCUUACGAUACGUGGACUCGCCUCUCCAAAACCGAGAUUCCGGAUCUAGAGAAAGAAGAAGACCAGUAUGUUCAUCAGCGGGAUGAGCUCCUGGACCAGUUAGAGAAACAUGACAAGAUCGUCAGCGAGAAGGCUGAGAAGAAGAGAGACGUUGAGGCUUUAUCGAAAACCGUCAAUACUAUCGUGCGAUACGAGAGCGAAAUCAAGACCAUCCGGUCCCAGAUACAGGAUCUGUCCGCCAAUCAACAGGACAAUACUGCUACACGUACUCUGGAAGAUAUCCAAGAGGAGAUUGCCGGCAUUGGCGAGAAGUCUAGAGCUCUGAAAAAGACCCUGUCCAAGCUUACAAAUGAUAGAGAGCAGGCACGGACUGAAAUGAAUAACUUGGAGUUGCAGCUCCGAGAUGCUAGAAGCAAGCUUGACAAUGCGAAGUUCCAACUAGAGAGAAAGUCAGAUUUGCUUGCUCGCAUUGAGGAAUAUAGGAACCUUAACAACCAGCAACGGGAGGCAAUCGCAAAGGCUGACAGAGACAUUGAGGAGCUGACACCGGAGCUCCUCAAAUAUCAAGCUCAAUAUGACGAUAUCAGCCAGCGGGUCGAGGCCCGAGAGAGGGAGAUGCAGCAAGUAAUAUCUCAACUGUCGGAAAAUAUACGCCAAUUGGAUCUGGCGACGGAGGAGAUUGAUUCUUACAACGAACGAGGCGGGCCGAGUCAGUUGGAGCGUAGUAGACGCGAGCUUCAAACGAUUGAGACUGAAAUCAGCCAGCUUGAAGCGGAACAGGCCAAUAUUACCAAAGAGAUCAAUAAGAUCUCGGCACAGCUCAAAGACAGCGAGAACACGAAACGCCAAUACUCCGACAACCUGACAUACCGCCAGGCAACUCGAGCGCUGGCAGAGGUGUCCGCAGAAAUUGAGAAUUUGGCAGCUCAGAACGCAGAGGUGGACCGAAGCCGCUUUAAGGAGGAAUCAGAGCGCCGAACCCGCGAGCACAACGCGCUUGCUGCCAAGCAAGCGAGCAAGAUGGGAGAAAUGAAGUCUAAGGAUGAUCAACUGAUGCAGCUUCUGGCGGAUUGGAACACGGACUACAAAGACGCCGCUUCCAAGUACAAGGAAGCGCACAUCAAGGUGGAAACUACUAAGGCUGCUGUUGAUGAUUUAGCUCGGUACGGGGGUGCUUUGGACAAAGCCAUCAUGAAGUAUCAUUCCUUGAAGAUGGAGGAGAUCAAUGCAAUCAUUGGAGAGCUCUGGCAAAAGACAUACAGAGGCACGGACGUUGACACGAUCCUCAUCCGCUCCGACAACGAAAAUGCAAAAGGAAACCGAUCCUACAACUACCGCGUCUGCAUGGUCAAAUCGGGCGCAGAGAUGGACAUGCGAGGACGCUGCAGUGCAGGACAGAAAGUGCUCGCGAGUAUAAUCAUUCGGUUGGCCCUGGCAGAGUGUUUCGGCGUCAACUGCGGCCUGAUCGCACUCGAUGAACCGACGACCAACCUCGACCGGGACAAUAUUCGCUCUCUUGCUGAGUCCCUGCACGACAUCAUCCGGGCGCGUCAGCAGCAGGCAAACUUUCAACUUAUUGUGAUUACUCACGAUGAGGAGUUCCUGCGGCAUAUGCAAUGCGGCGACUUCAGUGAUUACUAUUACCGGGUCUCCCGCAAUGAGAAACAGAAGUCGAUUAUCGAGAGACAGUCCAUUGCAGAGGUCAUGUAA